AUGCCAUUGACUUUGAAGGCAGGUUUGGAAAUUCAGGAUGAGAAAAUACCAGACAGGUGCAGCGAUUAUGAAGAGUGGAAUGCGAGUCACCGUGGAUUUUUCUUCUUCGCUUACAAGAGGGUGCUCAUUUUUUUCCAUGCCCCUGUUGAUGAGAUAAAAAAGACCCAUUUACGUGAUCUAUUGGGUGAUGUCAAAAGAUGUGAAUCAAUGGCAGUUGAGUUUGAUGGAAUUCUGCUGGAUUACUCGAGGCAACAGGCUGCUCUUGGAACAAUGAAUAAACUCUUUGAAUUGGCUGCAUCUCUGAAACAAAAGAUUAACAGCAUGUACAAUAGGGAGCAUAUUAACAGCACAAAGAAUAGAUCAGUGCCUCAUGUAGCCCUUCCUGCUCCAAGGGAUGCUGUUACACACAGUGAUGGAAAGAGUGUCGCUCCAGAAGUUUGGAAAGUCCUGGGUAAGAUCCAGGAAUUCUCUGAGAGGGUCCGCAGUGCAUCUUGGGUUGAAGCUACAGGAAAGGCUUUGAAGGAUGUUAUUGCAAUUGGUACUGGGGGCGGCUUCUUAGGUCCAUUUUUUGUGCACGCUGCUCUUCAAACAGGGUAUCUUACGAAGGAAAUAUGAAGUUCAUUGUUCACUCAGUAUUUUCAGUCCAUAAUCAAGAGAAAGGAGAAGUUUAUCAAUUCCAAAUCGCAAUGAAACAAAAUAUAUGGCUCCGCUCCACUUGUGCGUUUUCUUCCUUUCGUUGCGUUAACAUUGUGUUUGGUAUGCUUGAAAAGUAUUCCUUCUCCCAUUCCUUUUCCAUUGAAGAUGAGACCAAAUCAUUCCGUAGUUGAGGUGGAGGAUUGGUACUGGAGAUUAAGGAAUAAACAAUGAAGUGUUGAAACCAAAGGACUAAUUUGCCCCAAAUUUCUUUGAUUCGCAUGACACAUCAAUGCAAGAUCACCUGAGGAAUCAGGUUGAAUUGGGUGAGCUCGACAGAAAAACCAGUUGGAAUAUCCAACAAAUGGAGUAACCCGCAUCAGCAUGAAACGAGACACAAUGAGAGGCUGAAAUGAGAGUAAUUGUAAUUCCCCAAAAACAUUAUUUUAUUGUAAGGGUAAUCUGGUCACCACCCUUCAUAUAUUUUAUUGUAAUGCCAUCAAGCAGAUCCAAUUGGCAAUAAUUCAUAUUUUAUGAAGUUGGAGUUCUAAAUCUCACCCAUAUGAAGUAUU